CAUAGUUGCAAUAGUAAAUAAAUUUUAGAUUAAUUCACAAGCAAAAACUUUUAGGCCCAGAAUUUUGUCUGAUUUCCUAUUUCAUUAAAAUUCAAAAAACAUGAGUAAAUUACCAUCCCCAGAAAUAAUUGUUUAUACUAAUUAUGGACCAAUACAAGGACUACAACAAUAUUCUAUAUAUAAUGAUUAUUUUUAUAGCUUCGAAGGUAUUCCGUACGCCCGCCCACCAAUAGGCGAGUUAAGAUUUAAAGAUCCAUUGCCUCCACUGCAUUGGAGCUGUGUGAAGGACUGCACCCGUAAAGCAGAGAAAUCGGUACAACAGAAUAAAAAGAUGAACACAAUCGUCGGAAAUGAAGAUUGCCUGUUUUUAAAUAUCUACACAAAAGCAAUUGGGUCAAAUGACUUAGUUCCUGUUAUGCUUUUCAUUCAUGGUGGAGGAUUUGACAGUGGUUCUUCAAGUCGACAAAACUUUGGGCCUGAUUACUUUAUGAUGGAGAAGGUAGUACUCGUAACCAUUAACUAUCGUGUGGGUGCACUGGGAUUUUUGAGUUUGAAAGACCCCGAACUGGAUAUACCGGGAAAUGCUGGCUUAAGAGAUCAAUUAAUGGCUUUAGAAUGGGUUCGACACAAUAUUAGCAAAUUCAGUGGCAAUCCAUACAAUAUUACAUUGUUCGGCGAAAGUGCUGGUGCGGCAUCGAUACACUUUUUGAUGAUGGCACCCGCAGCAAAAUGUCGUUUCCGAAAAGCAAUAUUGCAGUCUGGUACUGCAUUAGCACCAUGGGCAAUAAAUACCGUUGAAAAUGCACCGUUUCGUUUAGCUCAAUUGAAUGGCUUUACUGGCGAGAAUAACGAUAAGAACGUCUUAGAUUAUCUUAGAAAUCUCGAUGCUUAUGAUUUGGUGCGUCAUAACUUAUUAACACAAGAAGAGUAUUUGGCUGGCAAAAUGUUUUCUUUCGGUCCAGUAAUAGAACCAUAUCAUAGGGCUGGAUGCAUCAUAUCAAAACAUCCACGGGAUAUGCUGAGCGGAGCUUGGGGUAAUCGAAUACCAAUAAUAAUAGGCAAUACAUCGUUUGAAGGGCUGCUUUACUACCGUUAUGUACCAGCAGAUGUUCUAUCCGAGCUACAUGUACAUCCAGAAUAUUUAUUGCCUGAGGAGGUACGACAAUGUUUUGAUUUGAAAACACAGCGACAAAUUGCUGCUGGCAUCAAAAAAAUGCAUUUCGGCAGAGAGGAGAUAUCAUUAAGUAACAUUUUAAGAUACUGCGAAUUACUAUCAUUUAAGUUUUUUUUAAACGGUACUUACAAGACAGUUGAAGAACGCUCUAAGCUUCGCACACCCACUUUUUUAUACCGGUUUGAUUUUGAUUCGCCGGAUUUUAAUCUACAACGUAUUAAAUAUUUAGGUCACGCUAUGAGGGGAGUGGCUCAUACGGAUGAUCGCUCUUAUUUGUUCUAUAGUGAGAAAGCAUGGAAACUGGAAGAAGAAAGCUUAGAAUUCAAAACCAUAAAACGUAUGAUUUCAAUGUGGACAAUGUUUGCUUAUGAUAGUAAUCCAAACAACGAAUUAACUAGGGAAGUGAAAUGGUUAUCAACUCACUGUUAUGAUUAUAGAAACUUGAAAUGUCUUAACAUAUCUGAUGAUCUUAUUUUUACACGAUUACCGGAAUUACCAAAGCUGAGAAUUUGGCGUAGGGUGCUUGUAGCAGCAAGGCAUGCUAUGAAAUCAAAAAUGUAGCUAAUCGUAUGUAACAACUAUUGUAUUACUAAAAGCACCAGGUAUUGUGAUUGAACAAUACACUGAGGGGAUGGCUUUGUAACCAUAAUAUGGUUAUUAGGCCGUGACAGUGUCAAAGAUCCAGAAGCUGAAGUUUUGAGCACAAAGAAAAAGUAUGCAGACAAGUAUUCUUUUAUACAUUUUUGUUUGUGUAUUAACAAAGUUUCAAAUCAAUAUCUACUGAACGGAUUUAUACAAUUUCUGAUAGCGAUUUGUAUUAUCUCCUGGGGUUCAACCGACAAAAAGAAAAAGCAACAUUUAUCAUAUUUUUACCAAUAAUCACAGUUCAGAAUUCUUUCUACUUUGCUUGGAAAAGUGAAACUUCUGAAUUUAUCACUAUUUUAAAUCACUAUUCCAAAUGCGAGCUAAAUUUCGACAAUUGUAAAACGAUUGUUUAAUAAAUUAAUAUUUGUUAUCCAUAACAGCAAAAUUACCAAUAAAGUGAAGUUCAAAAAGAAAUA